AUGCCUCUACACCAACGUCCGCAACUCACGGCCGCAUUCGACACGGCCGCCGGGAUCUCCCAGUACAUUUCCCUACCGAUUGACGACGUCUUUGUCGAAAAGGCUACUUGGUGUAUGAUACGCCUCUUUUUACGCUGGGAUGGCGGAACUGAGUACUCAUGGGGUAACUGGCGCACCAUUCUGUGUUGGUGCAUUGGCAUUGACCUCCUUGCAUUUUCAACAUCAUUGGCCUUGGCUACUGUCAUUUCAGGGUUUCUGGCCUCUGAUCAGUACGGCCGCUCUCUCCGUUUCCACAACUCUUCAAGCUCUAAUACCUGCCUCAGGAUCGUUUCGGUCAUCUUCAUGGGAACAGGCAUCGGCUUGAGUGGACAACAGACCCCAAUAGCUGUCCAGACCGUGUUUGAGGGCCGUGACGUGGCUCCGGCCACUUCUCCUCUGAUCGCCCUCCAGAGUCUGGUUAGCACCGUGUUUCUCGCCGUCAUCCAAGACAUCUUUCACUCGCGGCUUAUGUUCGCUCUCCACCGAAACGUUCCCAGUGUAGACUCGGUGCUCACCGUUGAUUCAUCCAAGAUUGUGGGUUCGAUGCGGAGGAUCUAUCCGAAUUUCGUGGACGGAAUCAUCAAAUUUCACAACACGGCAAGCACAGCACUCCGUGACGUGUUUUUGAUCGCCACCGUCCUCGGAUGUUUGACAAUUUUUGGAUGCGUCUUCAUCGAGUGGAAGAGCGUCAAGAGAAAAGAGCCGUAG